AUGGUGGUUUUAAGACAGGGAGAUUAUGUGUGGGUGGAUGGCAGUGAUGGGGUGCCAUUGGGAGCUGAAGUCAAACUCUCUGACACUGGCCAACUGCAACUCAUUGAUGAUGAGGGAAAGGAACACAAGAUUAAGAAGGAGAACUCUCUGAAACCCAUGCAUCCCACCUCUGUGAACGGUGUGGAUGACAUGAUACGGCUGGGUGACCUUAAUGAGGCUGGACUAUUACGGAACCUUCUAGUGCGCUACAAAGAGGGAAGCAUCUAUACAUACACAGGGUCCAUUCUGGUCGCAGUGAACCCUUACCAGCUGUUGCCCAUCUACACUCCAGAUCAGGUGGAGCAGUACACAAACCGGCGUUUGGGUGAUCUCCCCCCUCACGUUUUCGCCAUUGCAGAGAGCUGUUUCUUUAACAUGCGCCGUAAUCACAAAGAUCAGUGCUGCAUUAUUAGUGGGGAGUCUGGAGCAGGAAAAACAGAGAACACCAAAUUAAUGCUGCAGUAUCUUGCAGCAGUGAGUGGACAGCGCUCCUGGAUUGAGCAGCAGAUUUUAGAAGCCAAUCCUAUCUUGGAAGCAUUUGGUAAUGCGAAGACCAUUCGCAAUGACAACUCCAGCCGCUUUGGAAAAUACGUUGACAUCCACUUCACUAAAGGUGGAGCUAUAGAGGGCGCCCGCAUUGAACAGUAUCUGCUGGAGAAAUCUCGUGUUUGUCGACAGGCCCAGGAAGAGAGAAACUACCACAUCUUUUACUGCAUGCUGAUGGGCAUGCCACCUGACCAAAAGAAGGUCCUGUCACUGGGAAGUGCAGUAGAAUACAACUAUCUCACUAUGGGACAGAGCACUACAUGUGAAGGACGGGAUGACAUAAAGGAGUACGCCAGCUUCCGCUCAGCAAUGAAGAUCCUGACAUUCACGGAAAAUGACACCUGGGAAAUUAGCAAGCUUUUGGCAGCCAUCCUCCAUCUGGGGAAUUUAGACUUUGAAGUCACCAUUAAGGACAACAUGGAGGGCUGUGAUAUUCCAACUUCUUCCCAUUUCAACGUGACUGCAAAUUUAAUAGAGGUAACCCCAAAAGUCUUGGAGGUGAGCUUGACACAGCGCUCUCUGAUGACCAACAGGGAGAGUGUAUCUAAACCUCUGACUACAGCACAAGCAGUGGAUGGCAGAGACGCCUUUGUUAAGGCCAUCUAUGGAAGGCUAUUUGUGUGGAUUGUGGAGAAAAUCAACAGUGCCAUUUUCAAACCGCCUUCUGAUGACCCCAAAUAUCUCCGGCUUUCAAUUGGUUUGUUGGAUAUUUUCGGCUUUGAAAACUUCAAAAACAACAGCUUUGAACAGCUCUGCAUCAACUUUGCCAAUGAGCAGCUUCAACAGUUCUUUGUGAAAUACGUCUUUAAGAUUGAGCAAGAGGAAUAUGCCCGUGAAGACAUUGUCUGGAAUAACAUUGAUUUUAACGACAACCAACGCACACUCGAUGUGCUGGCCAUAAAGCCUCUCAACAUUCUCGCCCUGAUUGAUGAAGAGAGCCACUUCCCUAAGGGCACAGACACUACUUUACUUAACAAAAUGAAUCACGUUCACGGGAAGGGUGAUAUUUACAUCCCUCCGAAGAGUAAUCACGACACACAGUUUGGAAUCAAGCAUUUUGCUGGAGCUGUGUACUAUGACUCUAAAAGUUUCCUUGAGAAGAACAGAGAUGCUCUAAGUAGUGACAUCAUCCAGUUGAUCCAAACAUCAUCCAAUAAGCUCCUAAAGCAGAUUUUCCACAAUGAGCUCAGCACCACAGAUAUAAAAACUAGUUGCAUGAUUGCCACCCCAAGAAACUCACUUCGGCAAACAGCAGAAUCAAAGAAGCGAGUGCCCACAUUAACUGGUCAGUUUCGGCAGUCGUUGGACUCUUUAAUGAAGGCUCUAACUGCCUGUCAGCCUUUCUUCAUUCGCUGCAUUAAACCCAAUGAUUACAAGAAGCCUAUGCUCUUUGACAGGGGGCUGUGCAUCCGUCAGCUUCGUUACUCAGGCAUGAUGGAGACUAUUCGCAUCAGGAAGGCCGGCUAUCCCAUCCGCCACACAUUCGACGAGUUCCUGGAUCGCUACCGUGCACUGCUCAAAUCCAGUGUUUGUGACCCAAAAACUGAGAGUGUCAGGACCUGCUGUGAAAGCAUCUGUGGGAAUGUUAUGGUGGAAGACGACUGGAAGAUCGGCAAGACCAAAGUUUUUCUGAAGGAUUACCAUGAUACUGUUUUGGAACUGGCACGAGACAAAGCUUUGAAUGAGAAAGCUCUUCUUGUUCAGAGAGUCCUGAGAGGGUACAAACACAGGAAACUGUUCCUGAAAAAGAGAGCAGGAGCUUUGGUCAUACAGAAAAACUGGCGUGGAUACAAAGUCAGAAAACUUUACAGAGUGGUCCAGUUGGGUUUUGCCCGUCUGCGGGCUCAAGUGCGUUCUCGUCAGCUGGCCUGGCAGUAUAAACAGAAACGACAGGCAACUCUAGUGCUUCAGACUCAGACCCGUGGCUAUCUGGCGAGAAAGGAGUGGAGACGAAAGAGAGAGGCAGUUGUCCUCCUGCAGGCUUACACCAGAGGAACUCUAGCCAGAAGAGCUGUCAAUAAGAUGAAGAGAGAUACUUUCCUCUCACUUCAGGAACGCAAGGCAGAAGAGUUUGCUGUUCUAGAGAGACAGAGGAAGCUAGAGGAAGUUCUGCGUCAGAAAAAAGAAAAAGAGGCGUCUGAGCGCUUAGAAUCCAUCAAUGACCAAGAAAUGGUGGAUGAUAUCUUUGGCUUCUUGCCUAGCAUGGUUGGAGGACUAGAAGGACAGGCACCUGUGGGCUUUGAGGAUUUAGAGGGAAAACGGAUACUGCUUGAGGAGGUGGAUCUUGAUGAUGCUCCAAUGAUGGACAUUCCAGAGGAAGACUAUGAUGAUUUGGAUGAGUAUUCUUUCUUCAAAUUUGCUUCCAUGUACUUCCAGGGUGCUGCCACACCCACACAUAUUCGCCAGAGAAUACGUCAGCCCCUGCUCUACCAUGAGGAGGAAAAUGAUGUCCUGGCUUCACUAACAGUUUGGUGGAUGAUUCUGAGGUUUAUGGGUGAUCUCCCCGAACCUAAGGCUCAGCAGAUCUCAAGAAGUAGACCAGACUUUGCUGAUCAUUCCUUGCAGCAGGAUGUGGCAUCCAGACAGGAUAGACGCCUCAGCCAUAUGGUGGGCCUGGACCAGAGGAUAAGAAACACAAGGAAAACUCAGAACACAAAUGUUUCUACAAUUCCGGAAGAGGCUUCCCGAAAAUCUUCAAUUCAAAACAGAAAAACAUCUAUCCUAGAAGAGGCUCAGCAGGGUCCUAAAAACAGAAAGACUUCUACUUUCACUGAUCUAAUGUCCCGUAACAGAAAGACCUCCUCAACACCUGAGGGGGUGCCACCAAACAGAAGAUCCAAUAGAAAACCAUCUACCAUUGAAGAAGAGUCAGAGAAAGGGUCUGAAAUUUCCAAACCACCCACUGUACAAACUAUUAAUGAAGAAGAUGAAAUCAUUAAUGGAGAGGGACUCACCCUGGACCGACCAAUGACAUCUCUAGAAAAGCUGCAUAUUAUCGUUGGAUAUGCCAUUGUCAGACGCGACCUCAGGGAUGAAAUCUACUGCCAGAUCUGUAAGCAGCUCCAGGAGAACCCGAAUCGUGGAAGCUUCUUCCGUGGCUGGAUCCUUUUGUCAAUCUGCUUGGGCAUCUUCCCUCCUAAUGAGCGCUUUAUAAAGUACCUCCAAAGUUUCCUUCGUUUUGGUCCUGUGGGAUACGCGCCCUACUGUGCAGAAAGACUGAGGCGUACUGUUGCCAAUGGAGUGCGUGGAGAGCCUCCCAGCUGGCUAGAACUCCAGGCCACAAAGUCCAAGAAACCCAUGGCAAUCUCGGUGACUCUGAUGGAUGGCAGAACUAUCAGUCUGCCUGUAGAUUCUGCAUCCACAUCCAAAGAGGUCUGCCAAGUUCUCUCACAGAAGGUCAAACUUCAAGACAUAUUUGGCUUCUCACUUUAUGUGGCUUUAUAUGACAAGGUGUGGUCUCUGGGUAAUGGCCGUGAGCAUGUGAUGGAUGCCAUCUCUCAGUGUGAGCAGGAAGUGAAGAGGAAGGGUGGCCAGGAGCAACACGCCCCCUGGCGCCUCUACUUCCGUAAAGAGAUCUUUACACCUUGGCAUGACUGCAGCGAGGAUACUGUCAGCACAGACCUCAUCUACAGACAGGUCAUCAGAGGCCUGAAGUAUGGAGAAUACCAGUGUGAGAAGGAGACGGACCACAUUGAGCUGGCAGCAAAGCACUUCUAUGUGCAAUUUGGCUCGGACUGCAGUAUGGAGAGUGCCAAAACUGUAGUUCAGGAGUGCAUUAACUCAAAACUUGUAGAAGCUAAGUCUGAAGCCAAGUGGGUCCAAAUAAUCAGCACAGCACAUGCCCAGGGCCCAUUUAUAAACACUCGGACCAAAUCUGCUCUUGUGAAAGCCGAGGUGGUUGACUAUGCUCGUCAGAAGUGGUCCAUGUUCUUCUCCAAGUUUUUUGAAGUUGCAAAGUUAUCUGGUCCUGCCCUACCCAAGAACAGGUUUAUACUGGCCAUAAACUCAAUGGGAAUAACAUUCCUAGAUGAACGCGAAAAGAAGCUUUUGGUACUGUCUUACCCAGAAGUCACCGGGAUCAACACUGUUAGGUUAGUUUAUAGGAAGUCUGUGUGUUUGCUGACUCUGAAAGGAGACUUCACACUGAAUGCAAUAAUGGCUAUGGACAUCUCUGAUCUGGUAGCCAUGUUCCUGGCAGGUCUUAUAGAACGCUCACAUUAUGCUGUUACUCUAAAAGAGGUUAACAGACCAGAUGAUAAGACAUUUCUCAGCUUUAAGAAGGCAGAGCUACUCCUCCUCAUUAAAGAUGAUGAGUUUUCUUUUGACCGUGGCUGGUUGAAGGGUAAGAAUGAACGAACUGGAGAUAUCGGUGCAGUGCCUGCAGAUGCUGUUUUGAUUAUUCCUACUCUUACCAAGCCGUCCAAUGAAGUCCUGAGCCUGAUCAGCUUGUCCCCAGAUCAAAGAAAGACCAUCAUAGAUAACACUUUCAAAGGAACUGUGACUGAGAGAGUGGCACUUGCAACCCUUCAAGAGUUCUCCAUUGAAUAUUUCAGGCAGCCCAUUAAAGAUGUGAACAGACAGGUGAUCGCUAAGAAUGCAGCACCUGAAAGGCUGUGGGCCAACUCCAGAGAACCUAUCAGACAGCCCCUGCUCAAGAGACUGGUUGGAAAUCCAGAUUUAAGCCCACAAGCCUGCCAGGCCUUCACUGCUAUCCUGAAAUACAUGGGCGACUACCCCACUAGACAGAUCCAGAGCCCUCUGGAACUCACAGACCAGAUCUUUGGACCACCUACACAGAAUGAAGCACUCAGAGAUGAGAUCUACUGCCAGAUCAUGAAACAAAUGUCCAGCAACAACAACCGGUACAGUGUGGAGCAGGGCUGGCAGUUGCUGUGGCUGUGUUGUGGUCUCUUCUCUCCGAGUAACUCUCUGCUGAAACAUGCUCAGCGUUUCAUUGAGACACGGAAACGAGAGCCACUUGCCCCAGAUUGCCUCCAGAGACUGCAAGGGGCUCGGAGAAUGGAACCUAGGAAGCUUCCACCUCACCAUGUAGAAGUAGAUGCCAUUCAACAGAACAGCACCCAGAUCUUCCACAAAAUUUUCUUCCCUAAUGACACUCAAGAGAUUUUUGAGGUGGCAACCAACACCAAGAUAAAAGACCUGGUUCAGACCAUUGCCAAGAAACUCAUGUUAGUCUCAGCUGACGGUUUCAGCCUCUUUGUGAAAACUCCAGAUAAGGUUCUGAGUUUGAAUGAAACUGACUACUUCUUUGACAGCCUGAGACAGAUUACUGAUUGGUCUAAGAGAGCAAAGAGAGUAAAUCAGAGUGGUCCAGUGAACGUUUCUUACAUGGUGUUCUUUAUGAGAAAACUAUGGUUCAACAUUAGCCCUGGGAGAGAUGUGGAGGCUGAUCUCAUCUUUCAUUACCCACAGGAGUUGCCCAAGUACCUGCGAGGCUUUCAUCGCUGCAAGAAAGAAGACAUGGUGCAGCUCGGUGCUCUGCUCUUCAGAGUGAAGGUGGACAAUGAUAAAACUCAGUUUCCCAUGAUUCCUAAGAUGCUUAAAGACCUGGUUCCUAAUGACCAGCUUAAAGCUAUGUCUACUGAUGAAUGGAAGAAGAACAUUUUUGCGGAGUACAACAAACAGGCCGGCAUGACAGUGGAACAGGCCAUGGUUGGCUUUUUAAAGAUUGUUUAUAAAUGGCCCACAUUUGGCUGCGCAUUUUUUGAUGUGAAACAAACAUCAGAGCCCAAUUUUCCUGACAUAUUGAGGAUUGCUAUCAGCAAACAGGGCGUCACAAUCAUCCACCCCAAAACAAAGGACAUCUUGGCAGUGCAUCCAUAUAACAAGAUUGCAAACUGGUGCAGUGGAAGCACUUACUUCCACAUGACUAUUGGAAAUCUUGUGAAAGGGAACAAAAUCCUAUGUGAAACCUCCCUGGGCUAUAAAAUGGAUGACCUGCUGACUUCUUAUGUCAACAUGUAUCUUAUUGACAGGAGAGGACCAAGAAGAAAUCAACAUUAUGACUAA